UUUGCAGUGAAAUUUAGCUCGAACGAGCGAACGUUGAAUGAAAAGAAUACUGUAGUAUCACGGUUGAACUUGAAACAGAUACAUAAAUGAAAAGACAAAUGUAUCAAGUUGAAUGGAAGGUUGAAGCCAUGAGGCGAGAACGUUCGGCCGUUCCACUGGAGCGACCGAGGAUUCGGGUUCACCACCGUAGUACUGGAUGGAGAGCACAGCACGAACAAUACGUGUACAAGACCGCUGUAUAUCACGCGGAAAUCACAACUGUACCAUGACUGAUGGUAAUGGAGAAUGCAAGGAGCGGUCGGGUGGCCUUCGCAAAACACCAAAGUGACCUCAUUUCCUGUGGAAGACCCAAGGUCAAACGGACAUCGGAAACAGCUCCCACCCCACCAGGAAGGCAGAACGGUCCUGAUGCAAACACGUUUUCCGCGCGUGUAAGCUAUACGCUGGGGCCUCGCGAACAAUACUGCUCGGCGCGUCUACAACUGAACGUUCCCAAACGCUCAUAUUCCGAAGGUGUCUGGCGCCCAUUACAAUGGAAGAACGUUCGGCAAGAGGUUGCAGUGGGUGGUAGCACCGCCACUGAAUUGAAUCACUCUGCACUGCGGACACGUUCCGCCAGUGCGUCUGGGCAUGAUGAGUUCCAUGAUCACAUCCAGCUUCGGUUGGUAGUAUAUUACCGUGUCAUAGCCGGGCCGUCCAGGAAUAUUGAUCAGGGUUAUUUGAUGGAGGCGAGGGGGGUCUCCAGUGCCGUCCUCGGUCGGCUUCUCCGAGAACACGUGUGGCUGCGUGGCAAGCAACGCCCGGGCUUGGAUAGUCCGUCGGCCCCCGUAGACCGUCGACACAUCGGCGGCACGCGAAUCUGUUGUGCGCCGCAGCAACUGGAAAAGUUGAGCCAGUCAAGGGUGUUGUGAGUCACAAGGCUAGGUUCGUUGAGUAUCGUACGACAGGCAGCUCAGGCUGCGAUAUGAUCGUGGAGUAUUGAAGAGGAUGAGCGCAACCCGUUUUACGCCCCGCCGUAUCACUGUCUACCAUCAUCAUCAUCAUAACAUCAGAGGGCCGUGCCGUCCAGGGUACCAUUUCGAAGUUGCGGUGCAAGGGACUGCAGGGCCACGUGGACUCCUUUUACGCCGGAC